GUCAUCUUAAGAUUAUAAGAUACGUGUCGUCUGGACUGGGAUAUCUUGUAUUUGGCAACAAGCGCAUUUUACUCUGCUAGGAACGGGGAGUUUUGGUGACAGCCAUGGACAAGUAUAUCCUCCUCUUCCAGUAGAGUUUAGAAGUGUAUACUAAGCCUCAGAUAGCGCCCCACGGAACAUUCGCCGGAAGGCCCUAGAGAAAAUCGCGGCUCUCUCAGCUACGUCAUCUACAACUUCUUUCGAGGAUUCAGACUUGCAGCGACUUGCGAGAGGAUGUCUGGGAGAGAAAAACGCUAACGGGGUGUCGAGAGGCCGAGAUGGGGGUUCUUUGGCUAGCUCUCCUAUGGUACAACCACACGCAUCUCUCCACACCUCUUAUAGGGUAAACUGAUCAGAAAUAGAGCAUACGCGAAUUUGAGGUCCUACUGGCAUUGUGCAAAGCAGCACCGCUACUCCAAAGCUUCCAGAGUGCAGAGAAAUUGAUGGAACAGCUCUCCCCGUAUAUUUUGGAGGCGCAUACCCAAGUUUUCAGCCCAUCCCCCUAUUUCCGCGAUAUUGAACCGUCGCCUAUUGAAGCGCUAAGCAACAAUCUCACCACCGCACUUCUGACAAUAGGUAUCAACCACGAACGUCUAAGAAAACCAAUCUCCGAGAGAUUAUGGUCAUACCUACGACAUUGUGUAGAUGCAGCCAAAGCGGCUUCCCAAGCUCCAAGCCCAGUCUCGGAUGAUGGAAGUGUUACUGAAGUGGAAGACGCUAUUAAAGUUGCUACAAUCACAAUCACUGUGCUAGGCUUUCUUGAUGCUGCGGCUACAUAUGCUCAUUUUUGGACCGCUGAAGAAAGGCUACUUUUGGUGCAGCGUGUUAAGUUGCUUCUUUCCGAGGAAUUUCUGGUGGCAGUUGAGACGGCGUUUUCGACAAUCCGAAACUCGUCAAUUGUCCAUAGCCACCCGAAAGAAUGGAAACGGUAUGUCCGUCAUUAUGCGGCUAUUGGACGUCCUCUCGGGGCCAUGCUUCUUCAACAGAGCUUCAUGUGGCUUCUUGUUGCCACGUCCUCAUUGCUAGUAUCUGAUGCAACGCAACUUCGGAACAAUGAUAUUCUUGAUAUACACAUGUCAAAAAGGGUUGGACUUGCUCUGGGCAUCAACUAUCUCGAGGAAGUUGAUUUUGACACUAUCGAGAUAAUAGCUGAUCUGGCUUCCGAUGAGAUGAGUCUUCUCGAAGAUGGGGCAGAUUAUCUUCGGAUAGGAUCCACUUGGCAACAACGACUCGCCUUUUCUGUAAAAGCUGGUGCACUUACUACUUACCUGAAUUGCGUAUUGUUAAAUCAGGACGCGGCUGAGCCCGAAGCUCUUAUGGCAUGGCUUGAAAGUACCCUUGCUGAUCCUGCACAAAUGACUGACGAGACUCUGGCAAGCGUCACAUUACGCUCAAUGGCCUUGAUAUCAAAGAUUUCUCCUGAUUUUGCACCCAAUGUCAGCCGCCUAUUGCCACGUUUCAUCGUACAAGGCAACCCUCGAGGCAACACCAUUCCUCUGGCAUCCAAGUGUCUCGCUUAUGUCUUGCAACUCUUAUCACAAGACGCCAUCAUUACUACCCUGUACACGUUUGGCAACGUUCUCAGUUCUGGAUCUAGCGCUGAGCGUCCUGUCGCAGGUGCUAACGGGGAGUUCUCAAUGGAUGGAGCAAACAGUUCCUCCUUUUACAAUGGGAAGCAUUCCACUGGUAGCAGCAUCUCAUUGCCAGCAAGCGGCGAAGAAGAGAACUCGUAUGUGUACAAUAACGUCGUUCAAGCGGUCUGUGGUAUUGCCAGCACUUGUGAAGACCCGAAGAUCACUGCAUUGGCUCAAUCGAUGCUCUUGCAAAAAAUUGGCAAAGUCAACAGAUCCACCGACGCUCGCAUUGUUAAGCAAUCAGCGGCACUGGCUCUAAGUGGUGGAGCACUUGAGUUCCGGACCCUGUUGAAACUAUACGCCAGGAUUGGCCAGGAAAGUGUGCUUCAUAACGAUGAGAUUUUGCUCGAUGCUGUUAGUAAUAAGUCGAAGUCAGUCUAUAAUGAUGCUAACAAAUUUGCAGGUAAUGAAAGCUCUCAAUUUUCUCUCGUCAAAUCUACGUAAAGACACGCCAUUGUAUGAUAUCUACCUUGAGGAUAUCCUUGAAUCAAUUAUCAGUAAAGGUGAUGUGCAUCAAGCUCAAAGCACUCGAGAGGCAGACGUAGAGGUGGCUGCGCGAGAUAUUGGUCAGCUCUUGCAACCCUUGGCGAUAUUGAUGUCGACAAACAACUUCAUAUCUGAUGAGUCUAUCGGGGAAGAGACACUUUCUCUAUUCCGAGAUGCAUGGUUCAACAUUGCCGUUCAUGGUUUCGCUACGAACACAGAGAGGGGAAAGAAAUAUCUCAACGAGUUGCGUAUCAUGGCAAUUCAUUCUAGGCCACUUGUUGGAGAACAGAAAGGCGAGCAAAUCGAAAGCGACAUAGAAUUGAAUUCUGUUCUCCGUCGUGGAAUGAGCAACGAGCAUGAGGCUGCCCAAAAAAAGCGACUCUGUGCGCUACUCCCGUCCAAGGCAUCCGAUAUUCGAAGCUUGAGUUACCGAAAAGUCAUAUUUCUACAAGCAGCAUAUCUCGUUGAAACCUUGCGGGCUGACUCUGGCGACUGCUCUAAAGCAUUAACUUACUUCAUGGAACCUAGUAUGCGGAAGGGCGAUAUGAGUAGCACCAUGGAAGGGAUAACUACCGCUGUCAUGGAUGCCUACCUCAAGAAGGCUUUGACUGGCACCAAUCCAACAUUUUCCGCACCUUAUGCUGCGAAGCAGCUUGCUCUUAUCUUUAAUGGUUGCUGUUACCGCAUUGAACGAGUUCAACAGGCUGCUCUAGCCUGCGCUGAUCGACUCAUCCAUGAAGUUCCAUCCGCCCUUUCUGAAAAGUCCUCUCUGUUUGCGUUGAUAGAAUUACUAUCACUUAUGUGGUCGAGCUGUUUAGACGCCGAAACCGAUGAGUACGAAUGGAAGUCGGCAUUUACUUCUGUUCGAGGCAAGGUUUCAAUCGAACUUUCAGAUGAUUACGCUCUUCGUCGACGAACCCUGAAUAAUCUUCACAGAAAGGCCAAACAAUGGGUGUCUUCAGUCAUUAGUAUUGCUCCCUUGGAUGUGAAGGGUCUUUUGCAAACGUACCUUUCCGAGUACGAUGACGACGGGGCAUAUGGACACAUUUCUUUGGGGCGGUCUUUUGCAAACGAAAUGGGUUCGCUCAUUCCAAGUACCGAUCAGAGGCUCAAUGCGAUUGAUCGCCAUGGAGAUAUCAACAUCAACACUGCAUCAGACUUCAUCGCUCAGUAUACAACUCGACAAGAAUACCGGUAUGCCGAAGCACUUCCUGAUCGUGAUGCCGAAUGGCUCCAUGUUAUGCAUCUUGGAGACCGUAGAGGGUCAAUCAAACAAGCGCCCGGUAAAGAUGGGGAGGAUGCCGUGACAGUUCUUGCUCACAUUGAACAAAGAACACUCAAAAGAAAGCUUUUACCUAUUGGCGAACUCCGGGAUAUUCUUCGCAGAGCCGCUGCAUUACUCUGUCGCAGUAAGACAGACGAAUGCGCCAUCGUCCACCAUCUCGUCGCAAUACCAUUUGGUGUUUUUACUAAGCAAUCCAUCCAACUUGGCAUAUCCCUUUGGCUUGGUGUGAUCAACGAGAAUCCUCGAAUGGAGCCGAGAAUAUUGAUGGAAAUCGCUCAGCAAUGGGAAUUGACUAUUCAUCGGCGAAUUGGAGUGUUUAACUCCGAUUUUCUGUAAGUUGUAGCCUGUCACCAGCAAUAGAACGUUCACUAAUGUGAGAAGCCACCCCGAUCCCUUCUAUGUAAAAGGAGAGUUCGCCCCUAGCGAUAGAGCAGCCUUGUCGAAACGACAACAAGUAGCUCAUAAUCUACUACAACCUCACAUGCGACUAUUGCAAUUUCUGGGCAGCCACUUCAAUGCCUCUCGCUUGGGAAACCCCCAUGCCGAGAAAGCCUUUGUACGCCUUGUGAAUGUUACCUUGGAUGCCCUAAAGCAAUCUACGGGACACCCGCUCUCCCGAGAAAUCCGAUUCCAUCUCGUCCUAUUUUCACUCAAGGUUAUGAGGCAUGCUACUGCACUCGACUUCAAAUCUAGAUGCCAACUCAAAGAUAAGAUUCUGUCCGCAGCUCUUACCUGGUUUAGUUUUAGACCUCAGUGGUCGUUUGGAGGGAACAGAGUACAGUUGAAAGCCGAAACUCGAUUGAUGGCAGAUGUUUCAGUUGCGUUGAAAAAUGUGCAAAUGGUUACGCAGGCACAUACACCUCUUUUGAAACUCAUUCAAGCCAAGGAGAGUUUACUUCAAGUUUUGAUGGAAACUGAGCAUGUCAGACUCAAUGUUUGGCUAUACCCCUUGGGCGAGCCGCGAGAUGUUCAUGGGCCAGUUCAAUUAAAGGGACCAACAGAGGCUUCCCUCCUUGGUCUCAUCAGAACAGCAUGGAAUGAGAAUCCAUCCCUGGCAAUCCAAUUAGUAACGAGAUUUCCAUCUGCUCGGCUCCACCAACAAAUCAGAUGGUUAUUGCUUAAUUUUCCCGACAAAGCAAUCGAUGAACCCGAAGCUAUACAGAUACUUCUUGGCGAGUCUCUACCGUCCGAUGUCUCCUUCCAACUGAAGUAUUUGCUUUACUGGGCACCUGUCAACGCAAUUACUGCUGCUACACUGUUUCUUCCAGCUUACCGAAAUCAUCCCUUCAUCUUGCAAUAUGCCAUGCGAGCUCUCGAGAGUCACCCAGUUGAUGUAACUUUCUUUUUCGUGCCCCAGAUUGUGCAAACUCUUCGAUAUGACGCUUUGGGUUAUGUAGAGAGAUACAUCAUCGAGACCGCGAAGUUCUCCCAGCUUUUCGCACACCAAAUUAUCUGGAACAUGAAAGCAAACGCCUUCAAAGACGACGAUUCGCUAAUUGUAAGUGCCACUUGUCAGUUUUCAAAAAUCCAAUACUAAUAACACCCAGCCCGAUGUCGUCAAGCCCACUCUCGACAAAGUCACGAACAGAAUGAUUACAGAAUUUUCUCCAGUUGACAAGGACUUCUACGAACGAGAAUUCUCCUUCUUCGACGAGGUGACGAGCAUAUCUGGCAAACUAAAACCUUUCAUAAAGCGCCCCAAGCCUGAGAAGAAGCAGAAGAUUGAAGAAGAACUUCGAAAGAUCAAGGUCGAAGUAGGCGUAUACUUGCCAAGUAACCCUGAUGGAGUAGUCAUUGGUAUUGAUCGAAAAUCUGGCAAACCCCUACAAAGUCACGCAAAGGCACCUUACAUGGCAACAUUCAGAAUCAAGAAGAACAAAGGCGACAUGGAAAAUACCGAUGAUAUGCUCGAAGAGACGAACAAGAAUGGAGGCGCUGUACCAGUUGACAACACAAUUGAGAUAUGGCAAUCUGCAAUCUUUAAAGUCGGAGACGAUUGUCGUCAGGAUAUGUUGGCUCUUCAGAUAAUUGCCGCCUUCCGAGGAAUUUUCAACAACGUUGGCCUCGACGUAUACGUCUUCCCAUAUCGUGUCACUGCUACUGCCCCGGGAUGUGGUGUCAUUGAUGUUCUGCCAAAUUCCAUCUCUCGAGAUAUGGUUGGCCGAGAAGCUGUCAACGGCCUUUACGAUUAUUUUGUUUCUAAAUAUGGCAAUGAGGACUCAUUACGAUUCCAAGAGGCACGAAGCAACUUUGUCAAAAGUAUGGCUGCUUACUCGAUUAUCUCUUUCUUGUUACAAUUCAAAGAUCGACAUAACGGAAAUAUCAUGAUUGAUGAUGCUGGUCACAUAUUGCACAUCGAUUUUGGAUUCUGCUUCGAUAUUGCUCCCGGUGGAGUGAAGUUCGAGAGAGCACCUUUCAAGCUUACUACAGAGAUGGUUGCUGUCAUGGGAGGAAGCACAGAUCAUCAAUCCUUCAAAUGGUUUGAAGAACUGUGUGUCAAGGCUUUCCUCGCUUCUCGCCAGUACACCGAAAAGCUUUCCCAGCUCGUCUUGUUGAUGAUGGAUUCAGGUCUUCCAUGUUUUAAACCCGAGACCAUUCAACAUUUCAAGGAGAGAUUUGUGCCGGACAAGAGUGAAAGAGAGGCGGCGGACUUCAUGAGAGGUUUGAUUAAGAGGAGUCAAUCGAGCUAUUCGACUGGUGUUUAUGAUCAGUUCCAGCUUCUGACUAACGGUAUUCCUUACUAA